AUCAAGGGCGAGUCAGCCGGGCUCGGGCGGAGAGAGGAGCUGCUACGCCACAGCCCAGCGGCGGCCAUUCGCGGAAAAAGAGGCAGAGCCUGUGCCAGCUACUGCCUCCUCCGAGCCACCGCGGGCGGGCGGGACCGGCCUCUCCUCCCGCCUCGCCCCCACCCCCACCCACCUCUAUCCCAGUGUCUCCGUCUGAGGGUUUGUCCUGUUAAUGCGGGAUGAGCGAUCAGAAGAAGGAGGAGGAGGAGGAGGCGGCGGCGGCGGCGAUGGCUGCAGAAGGAGGGAAACCCUCUGAGCCCGAGAAUAACAAUAAAAAACCCAAAACCUCAGGCUCCCAGGACUCUCAGCCCUCUCCUCUGGCUUUACUGGCAGCUACUUGCAGCAAAAUAGGGACUCCUGGUGAAAAUCAAGCAACUGGACAACAACAAAUUAUUAUAGAUCCAAGCCAAGGAUUGGUGCAACUUCAAAAUCAACCACAACAGCUAGAACUGGUAACAACACAACUUGCUGGAAACGCUUGGCAACUUGUUGCCUCCACUCCUCCUGCUUCAAAAGAAAGUAACGUUUCUCAGCCAGCUUCUAGUUCGUCUAGUUCUUCCAACAGUAAUAACGGGAGUGCAUCUCCUACAAAAACUAAAUCAGGUAAUUCUUCCACCCCUGGUCAAUUUCAAGUCAUACAAGUACAAAAUCCAAGUGGUAGUGUACAGUACCAAGUGAUUCCACAGCUUCAGACAGUGGAAGGCCAGCAAAUUCAAAUCAAUCCAACUAGUAGUUCAUCUCUACAGGAUUUGCAGGGUCAAAUUCAACUCAUUUCUGCAGGUAAUAAUCAAGCUAUACUCACUGCUGCUAACAGGACAGCUUCUGGUAAUAUUCUUGCUCAAAACCUGGCAAAUCAGACAGUUCCAGUCCAAAUUAGACCUGGUGUUUCAAUACCACUGCAAUUACAGACCCUUCCUGGUACUCAGGCUCAAGUUGUAACAACUCUACCUAUUAACAUUGGAGGAGUGACUUUAGCUUUGCCAGUGAUAAACAACGUGGCUGCUGGAGGAGGGACUGGACAGGCUGGCCAGCCUACAACAACUACUGAUAGUGGGACUUCCAAUGGGAGUCAGUUAGUUUCUACACCCACCACCACCACUGCUUCUGCCAGUACUAUGCCGGAAUCUCCCUCAUCCUCCACUACGUGCACAACCACUGCUUCAACAUCUCUGACGAGCAGUGACACGUUAGUGAGCUCAGCAGACACGGGCCAGUAUGCAAGCACUUCAACCAGUAGUUCUGAAAGAACUAUUGAAGAAUCGCAAACACCUGCUGCUACUGAGUCUGAAGCCCAGAGUUCUAGUCAGCUUCAGCCCAAUGGAAUACAGAAUGCACAGGAGCAAUCAAAUUCUCUUCAGCAGGUGCAAAUUGUAGGCCAGCCUAUCUUGCAACAGAUCCAGAUCCAACAGCCUCAGCAACAGAUUAUUCAGGCAAUUCCACCACAGUCAUUUCAACUCCAGUCAGGGCAGACAAUUCAGGCCAUCCAGCAGCAGCCUUUGCAGAAUGUUCAACUUCAAGCAGUAAAUCCGACUCAGGUGCUUAUUAGGGCUCCAACUUUAACACCUUCAGGGCAAAUCAGUUGGCAGACUGUACAGGUUCAGAAUAUUCAGAGUCUUUCAAAUUUGCAAGUUCAGAAUGCUGGGUUAUCCCAACAGUUAACCAUCACCCCAGUGUCUUCAAGUGGUGGCACAACUCUUGCUCAGAUUGCUCCUGUGGCUGUUGCUGGUGCCCCAAUAACUUUGAAUACUGCCCAGCUUGCAUCAGUGCCUAACCUUCAGACAGUGAGUGUUGCCAACCUGGGUGCUGCAGGUGUUCAAGUGCAAGGAGUUCCAGUUACAAUCACUAGUGUUGCAGGUCAGCAGCAAGGACAAGAUGGAGUAAAAGUCCAACAGGCUACAAUAGCUCCUGUAACUGUAGCAGUUGGAGGAAUUGCUAAUGCAACGAUAGGUGCUGUUAGUCCUGACCAACUCACACAAGUGCAUUUGCAGCAAGGCCAGCAAGCUUCUGACCAAGAGGUACAGCCUGGCAAGAGACUUCGAAGAGUUGCCUGCUCCUGUCCUAAUUGUAGGGAAGGAGAAGGAAGAGGCAGUAAUGAACCAGGAAAAAAGAAACAGCAUAUCUGUCAUAUUGAAGGAUGUGGAAAAGUUUAUGGCAAAACAUCUCACCUUCGAGCACAUCUUCGCUGGCAUACUGGAGAAAGACCUUUUGUAUGCAACUGGAUGUUUUGUGGCAAAAGAUUCACAAGGAGUGAUGAACUACAGAGACAUAGAAGAACUCAUACAGGUGAAAAGAGAUUUGAAUGCCCAGAAUGUUCUAAAAGGUUUAUGCGGAGUGAUCAUCUCUCCAAACAUGUCAAAACGCACCAGAAUAAGAAAGGUGGUGGGACAGCUCUUGCCAUUGUUACCUCGGGAGAACUGGACUCAUCUGUUACAGAGGUGCUUGGCUCCCCAAGAAUUGUCACAGUUGCAGCCAUUUCUCAAGAUUCAAAUCCAGCAACUCCUAAUGUUUCAACCAAUAUGGAAGAAUUCUGAAAAGUUAUUUAUAACAGAGACCUCUAGUGCUGCACUUAAGUUUACACACCUUUGAAAAUCUGGAAAUGGGCUGGUCAGGUGGAUCACAGAGUAGGAAAUCAUGUUUUCAUUCUUGACAUCUUUAAGUAUUCCAAGGCUUUGAGUCAACAAGUCAAACGUUGAAAUUUUAAAUACACAAAAAGUAAACUGAUGUACUGGAAACAGAAAAGUAUUUCCUCCCUAAUAUAAGUUGUAGUUACUUGGAAAUAUAUCACAUAAUCUUAAACUGAAUCUUCCCCUCUCUUAACAUCAUGUAUAAACAUGUUUAAAAAGACAGAUUUCAGUAGUUGGCAGGCUGGACCUUAAGGACUUAUUUUCUUUGAAAGUACUUUGUUAUAAACUCAGUCAGUACUAACUUACAUGAAUUUUUUUUUUUCCCUAUAGCACAGAAAACAGUUAACUAAAGAUAGGGGUACGUUAGCUUGAGUUUUGGAAAAUCGACUGAAAAUAGUUUUGGCCGUCUUUUUUGAAAUGUUAGAAAUUCUUCAACAGUUGAAUUAGGUAAGUUCCAAAAAAAUACUCUGAGAUACAUCUCAGAUCUUUAUUACCACUACAUUAUAGUAGUGUGUAUGCAGACAAUCAGUGAAGUCCAAUUACUUUCUCCAUUUGGAGACCACAAGAGGAACUUAGAGCUAAACCUUAGAUUAAAAUUUAGAUGGAAACCUUAGGAAAGUGCUUGGGGGAAAAAAUGGUUAAAACAAAAUUCCUAGUAGCUUCAGAAAAAUUAAAUGAGGCAACUUAAUAUGUAAGGUUUUAAAGGUAGGAUUGAUUGUAUUCCUAACCCUAGGUUGAACCACAAAAUUCAUUUCAAAUAUUUAUAUUGGAAAUAUUUGCAUAGAGUAUAAAUCACUCUGUAGUUUCAUAUUCUGUAAAUAUGAGUUAUGUUGACAAUAUGCAGAAUUCUUUAUGCUUUGACUUGGUAGCCAAAGAAUUAUCACACUUUUAUUUAAGGCCAGCAGAAAAUGAUCUUUUAACUACAUUAUAAUUUACAUUUUUCUCUCUACUAAAAAUUAGCCAACCCCAUUUUAAUACUGUUAGAGGACUGAUUAAGAAUUUAUAAAGCAGUAAUGUCUUUGUUAUGUCAGUACUGGAUUUUCCCUAAAAAGACAUUCUAACAAAUAUAUAAUAGAUUGAUAUUAUGAAACAAAAGUUAUUUUUAAAAAUCAGAAUAAUUUUCAGUCAAGUAACUAAAGAAAAAAUAUACUGCAUUGUGUAUGCAAGGGUCUUAUAGGGAAAGAUGGCUAAAAGUUUCAUAUGAAAAAAUUGGAUUAUUUAUACCAAUAGCUUAAAUAUUAGAUAGUUCAUGUUUUAAAAAGGCAUUUAUAGAGAAUCAUAAUGGAAUUGACCAUUUGAAAACUUAAGGUUUUUAACUGCUCAGUUUAUUAUUAUUAACAUCAUUAGUUUGGGGACUGUUUGAAUAUAGAUACAUGUUUUCUUGUGCAUUCUCUAUUAUUUCAGGAAAAAAUACCACUCAUGUGAAUUCUCUUCCAAAAUUGUGAUGUUUCUUGUAUUUUUGAUGAAGGAGAAAUACUGUAAUGAUCACUGUUUACACUAUGUACACUUUAGGCCAGCCCUUUGUAGCGUUAUAUAAAACUGAAGGUCUUUUGUGCUUUCAGUUUGUAUAAAAAAGCUUUGAGAUUAAAGGAAAAAAUUUUUACACUGUGGUUAUAAAUUUCAAGUUUCUUAAAGCUUUUGUAGACUUGUAACAAAGUCUUUAAAUUUUAGUUGGAUUUUGUAAAUUGUUUUGUAUAUUUUAUUUAAUGUACUCUUAACAACUGAUGUAUCUGGCUUUAAAACAUCAGACUCAGUUUGUUGUUUUGUUUGGUACAGAGGAGCAUUUGGUAGUGUUAAUUAUAAUUUUAUUAUAUAGGAACUGAAACAUCAAAUAUAUAUUUUAUCUAUCAUUAUGCUACACAAUCAGUGCUAUAAAUUUUUUUAUGCAAAGAAUUUUUCCUAAUGUUUGAAUCAUGUUUCCUCAGACUGACACUUUCUGUUGUUGUUAAUACCAAGUAUGAGCUCUCUGCACCUUUAUUCCAUGAACCAGUUACUGGUUGGUUUCACUCAUUUGUGGAAUUUAAAUAACCAUGAACCAGUUUUCAUGCAUACCUAUAUGUAUGUUAAUCAGAAAUGGAAGUUAUUUUUUAAAUCAACAAUGAGGCCUAUUAUAAAUUUAACAAACUGAAUCUGGAUAGCUUUAUAGGAUAUAAAAAUAUAUUAUUUGUGUUAGCAGGUGCACAUUUCACCACAAAAUAGAAAUAUUUUGACAGUCUGUUCUGCAUACCAUUCUGAAUCCACUUUUCCGUCUUACAAGAAUCGUAAAUUUCAAUGUCCUUUAUUUGACUCAGUGGGAGAUAGCUGUUAUAAGUAAUAGGGCACAGAUGUGCAGUAGAGUCUUGUUUAAUGGCAUUUCACUGUUCAUUCCCUUUGCCACCAUUAUGGAACUUUUCUUUAUUGUAAUUAUCAGUGCAAAGCUAUGUAUUUAUCAUGGUAGAACUCCAGUGUUAGAAUAGUUUUUUCUUACAGUAUACUUUCUUUGGUUAGGUUUGUGUAUGUGUUGCUGAUUACAUUAGAACUUGAUGUUAAGUCAUUAUUUAUCACACUCUCAUGAGAGCAGUAAUAAAAGUGUGUAAUCUAGGAGAAAAAGUUAAUUUGUCAAACUUAGAUAAGCAUGAUGUUUAGGUCCUAUUUUUCAAUUUUAUAACUGUUUUAUUGCAACAAUAUUUGUAUUUAAGUCUUCAUUUUAAUGCCUUGUGGUGUUUUUUUAUGCAUGUCACUAAGUUGUCAUCCCACAUAAAUUGAUGUGCAGCAUAGGGUAUUAAAUCUACAUAAUGAUUUUAAAACAGAAAUAGUUGAUGGUAAAAUGUAAAUGUUUUGCAGAAAUUCCUUAUAAAAAGUUUUGUAGUAACAUUUCACUUGUAAAUUCUUUUGUAAAAAAAAAAAAACUAAGAAAAUGAAAAAAAAAAAAAGAUGAAUCCAGAAAAAAACCUGUUUCCCACAUCCUAGAGUUUAGACAAUUAUUCUGCCAGCAAAGCCUCUGGGGCUGUAAUUGACAUUUUUACAGUGCUGAUUUGUAUAAAAUUUGUUUUUUGUGGAUUUGGAAAUAAAAUCAUGUACAAGUUGUUGCCUGCAAUAACAAUUGCAAGUAACCUAUUAAAAAUUCCCUUGAGUUUAACAUGUUUCUUCAUUUAAUUAUGUAUACUAUAAAGCAGCAAUAAAUUGUUUGAAUCUUCAACCUUCUUAUCACAAACACUGGAAAGUAAAUGUUUCUCACUAGAAAAUGUAUUGGCAACUCUUUGUAAUUCCUGGUAUUAAGAUCUGGUCACCAUUUUCUGUGAAUGUACUUCCAAAGAACACCAAUUCAAAUUUCAUGUUAAUUUGUAGCCAUUGCUUUAGACACUUAUGGAAAUUAAAAUUUAAUUUAGAGACUUAAAUAUUUUUGAGCAAUAGAUGUUAGAAAAUUAUAGGGAAGGCUAAAGAUGAAAACAUUAUAAAUACUAUUUAGGCUUUCAGAAACGCUUAAGCAAUGUAUAGUUCCUGGGAGAGCCAUGCAAAUCUCAUGAAGACAUAACAAAUACAUUAUUGUAACAACUUCGGUUAUAAGAUUUCUGCAGGCAAGAUUAGAUAUAACAAGGGGUUGGGGCAGGUGGGGAAUGUUAAGCACCAGGGGAAGUACACUGACCCACUGAGAGUCUUUUGAAAUCUGUAGUAGUGGGUAGAGGGUAACUAUGUAGUGUUUGGAUGGAUAGAUCUUCAGCAAAGCUGGAAGGUAAAGACCUGGUUAUGUUAAAACGCUGUGGUGAUAAUAUGUGUUUAUACAAUGAUUGAAUCAUAGUUGAAUUUAUGCUACUUGGCAAACAAGACAAGGAAUACAAUUUUGAAAAGGUGUGUGUCAAAACUAUCAGUUGCUUGGAAAAUCGCAGUUGGGUAUAUUGCAUUAAAGGGGGGGGAUGAUGUAAUUAGAAAAUUAAAAUUUUGUGUUUUUUAAUUUUUAGUGUGGUAGUGCUAGUUUGAUUCUUGGACUUCUAGAACUUCAGCUAUCUAGCCAUGAACAAGACUGAAUCAAAGAAAAUACCGUCAAAGUAAUGUUUUUUACUUUUUUCAUAGACUGUUGACAUAAAGCUUAUUGUUGUAAUAAGUUAGGAAAUUUGAAGCAGUGCUAAGAGCUACCCUGUAUUAUGUGGUAUGGUUUACAUUGUUUUUCCUAAUGAUAAGAAAUGAGGGGUAAAAGAUAAAUCAUGUUAAUUUUUAUUUGAAAGUUCAGAUGCUUAGUAAAAAGGGUGCAAAGUAGAUGCAGGGAAGGUGAAAUAUUUUAUCCCUCAAUACCUCUGAAUCAUACAUUACCAUAUUUACUGCCCCAGCAGUAACUCUGUUAGAUAUACACACAACCAACUUGUAAUUGUGUUGCUGGAUUUUUAAGGACUGUAUUGCUAUUCUUUUAAGAUUUACUAAUUAGCCAAGGCUUUAGGCUGUGUUCCUCUUAGUAGCAGGUGGCAAUGAAAUUAUUGGAUAUCUGAGAGUAACCUCAAGUGCAGAUCAUUUAAGAAAAAAGGAAGGAAGGAGGCAGUUAGGAGU